AUGUCAGCGUCAAAGACGAAACGACAUACAAACCCCAAAAUGGGAGCUCCAGAUUACAAGCUCCCUCCCCUAUGCAAAAUGGCAUACCCAAACAAGCCAUAUGAGCACAUGGUCUCACUGCUAUUCCGUCGACCGUUCAAAGGCACGAGACUAGACUGUGAGGACCCUGGCGAAGAAAGACUAAGGGAAAAUGAUAUCACCAGGAUGAACGCCCUGAAAAUCAUGGGCCGAAACGUUGAUACCAGGAGUAUUGAUGUUCUCAUCAUCCUCAUGCGAGCCCUGCGUACCUUCGACGCAGAGAUGGUGCAAGCCCAGUUAACGGCCGCAGAAAGCGCGCUGGUGGAAUCUUCGGAGCGAGAGGUGGGACGCAUAAUGGACCACGAUCUUCACCUAAAGUACACCAUCUUGAAGCCGUUGGUUGGUGGGGAUGUGCUCGCAAGGAAUUGCAUGAGUGGCAUUUCCUUCGAAACACUUGUCCAUCACCCGCAGCUGUCCCACAUCUUCAUCACGAGUCCACAAUUCAGCUUCUACUGCUGCUAUGCCCCGAGUCGGCCCCGAAGCGCCCCAGAUGCUCCUCUGACAGUGCGGCUGUUAGAUCCAUUGAUACAAAUCAAUGCUCUAAGACCUUGGGACGGGAGCAGCUCAUUGCAAGACUAUCUCAAUGAGCGGUUGCCCCUGGACAAAGUGUCACACGAAGAAAUCACAUACUACCCAUACGUAGGACGGCCCCCCUUCUUACGAAUUGAGUAUACUCUUGCUUUGACGGACAAACGGAACACUUUCCAGUCCAUGAGAACCGUCAGGCUCGAGGGCGAGACUAUGUGGGAAACCAGCAAGGACACUUUUGGCUGUGGCCGCCCCUCCACGCUGUAUGUCCUGUUCGCGAUUGUCCGUUGUGCCAGUGACUCCUGGAAUGAUGACAUACGCCUUUAUUAUAAGUCAGGAGGCGAGAUUGUCCCGUAUCUCCAGAUGGUGGAGUGUACCGCCAUAAACGAGUACCGGAAACGGCAGAAGCGAUGGCCUGUGGAAGAACCUGGGAAAUUCAUGCUCUUCUACUUCAGACUAGAAGCUGAUGAUGCUCUGGAAGCCGAAUCUAAGAUCAGGUCCAAAACCGUUUCCGAGCUGCCCAUGAAGGGGCUAGUUCCCCCUCGCAACCACAACCCCGAAGUUGACAUUGUGUACCUUGGACGCAAGACAUGCGUCUCCUCUAUCGCUGCAUUUCUGCGGAAGGAUAUUGAAAUCCAACGCGUAGCAAUCGAGGGCCAGUUGUCACAACCAUAUGACCGGUGUUGCACGUGGGAGGCUUCCGACACACUCGGCGUACAACGAGGUGAAGCGGCGAUCGGUGGCAUCACUGGACUACAGGCACUUCACGGAUAUGAUCCUGAUGUCCUUGAAGGCAAUACCUCCUGGCCGGGUUGCAAAGGGUUGAAAGAUCUCUUUAUCAUUAUGGAUCGAUGGAUUUGGCGGGACGAAACCCAAUCUAUCGGCUUAUCCUCCAAAUUAUAUGACGCUUCUACUCACCAACAGAGAGAGUGGAAAGUAAAUGUGACAAGAGAGCUUGCCCGCAUGGAAUCUGAUAACGGUGGCCUGGGCAGCGUCGGCCAGAAUAAGUGGACCGGUGCAUGCAAGCCAACCAUCCAGAUGAUGAGCCUUUACCCGUUUGCACAUUGUGGAAAGAAGACUAUGACCUUCAACGCGGAUCGAACUGACCCGUACAUCAAGGACAUGGCUCGCUCCAUCUAUUGUACCGCCUGGGACACGUCCACUGCAGAUGUCAGCGUAGAGGUGGAAUUUGACCAGAGAUAUCCCACUGAUCGGGCCACUUGCUGGGAAUUGGGCUCCUUGGAGGAGUAUGAAAUUACGAUCCACGGAUCCCCAGAUCAGAUUGAGAGGGCAGAGGAACUCAUUGAGGCAGGGAUUGUGAAUAUUCUGGUGCCGUACAUGGAAAUCCGAGAGUAA